CCGCCGCUGGCCGCGGGGGCGGCGCGGCUCCUCCCCGCGGAAGCUGCGCGCCCGAGGAGCGCGCCAGGGGCAGCUGCUUCUGCGGAGACUCGGCUCGCCUGGCUUGGAGGCUGGCGGAUCGCAGCCCUUGCCAAGCCCGGGAGGAGGACGGAGAGGAAGAGCAGGGGGUUCCGGGGGGGAACCGACGGCGCCUGGCACCCCGAAAAGAGCGCCGCGUCCUCCCUCGACGGCGCCUCCUUUCUCCCAGGUCGGUCAGUCGGUCAGUCGUCCCUCCGGUGACGCUGCCAUGAGCUCGCAUCCCCGCCGCGUCCGCCUGAAGCCCUGGCUGGUGGCCCAAGUCAACAGCGGUCAGUACCCGGGACUCCGCUGGGUGGACGCCGAGAGAAAGCGCUUCUUCAUUCCCUGGCGCCACGCCACCCGCCACAUCCCCAGCCAGGACGACGAGAACACCAUAUUCAAGGCCUGGGCCAAAGAGACGGGCAAAUACAACGAAGGCGUCGACGAGCCGGACCCCGCCAAGUGGAAAGCCAACCUGCGCUGUGCCCUCAACAAGAGCCGCGAGUUCAACCUGAUUUACGACGGCACCAAGGACACCCCAAUGCAGGCCUUCAAGAUCUACGAGGUUUGCGAUGCCCCACAGCCCAACGGAGAGCCUUUCGCUGGAGAUGAGAACAUCGGCCCUGAAGAAGAGGAGGAGUUGCAGAAGAUGAUGCCAACGCUACAAAUUGCAGAUCCGCCCCACGGCGUGGAGCCCCUGCCCCCCUACCCGUGGCUGAAGCAGGAGGCCUUGUACCCGGGCGCUUGCGCCAACGGAUCCUUCCCCCACGUGGCGCGCAUGAAUGCUCCCCCUCCGCCUCCGCCCGUCGGCGCUUUUGCGGUAGGCGGGGAGCCCGCCGCGCCCAACUUUGCCGAACCGGCCGGAGCGAUGCCCCUCGUUCCAGGGGACGUCCCCAUGUCGGCGGACCUGGAGCCCCUGCGCCCGGGGGGCUGCUCGGUGGCGCCCAUGGAGCAGUUCAUUCCAGAUUUGCUGAUCAGCCCCCACAUGCUGCCAUUGACCGACUUGGAGAUCAAGUUCCAGUACCGCGGCCGCUCGGUGGGCUCCCUGACCAUCAGCAACCCCCACGGCUGCCGCCUCUUCUACAGCAACCUGAAGCCCACCCAGGAGCAGGUGGAGCUCUUUGGGCCGCUGACGCUGGAGCAGGUGCGCUUCCCCAGCGCGGAGGGCGUGCCCAACGAGAAGCAGCGCUUCUACACCCACCAGCUGCUGGAUGUCCUGGACCGGGGCCUCAUCCUGGAGCUGCAGGGACAGGACAUCUAUGCCAUCCGCCUCUGCCAGUGCAAGGUCUUCUGGACCGGGCCCUGCGCCGGGGAGCUGGCGGGCCCCAAUCCCAUCGAGCGCGAGAAGAAGAUCAAGCUCUUCAGCCUGGAGAGCUUCCUUAACGGACUUAUCAUGUUCCAGAAGGGUCAGAGCACCGCCCCACCCCCCUACGAGAUUUUCUUCUGCUUCGGAGAAGAGUGGCCGGACCAGAAGCCUAAAGAGAAGAAGCUGAUCACAGUCCAGGUGGUGCCCGUAGCUGCGCGUCUCCUGUUGGAAAUGUUCUCUGGGGAGCUGUGCUGGUCAGCCGACAGUGUCCGCCUGCAGAUCUCCCACCCGGAUCUCAAGGACAAGAUGGUGGAACAGUUCAAAGAGCUGCACCAGCUCUGGCAGACGCAGCAGAGCGUCCAAGUCCAGAGCCUGCAACUGGCCGGGCCCGAGAGCUGGCCCAUGCAGACCAGCACCACAAACAGCAUGUAGCCGCGAUGGGGGGGCGCCUUGCCACCCCCAGGCCUUAGCCACUUUGCUAGCGGGCGGCCGAUGCAGAGCCACAGGGACUUGCCAGCUCUGGGGCCUCCCGGCGUUCCCAGUUAAGAGCCGGACUUCAGCAGACACCAAGUGGGAUCAUGUAGCCUAACCGGCAACCUUUUGCUGAGCCCAAGAGAAGCCGCAGCGGUUCUUUGCGGGAUAGGGGCCUUCUUCCAAUUGCUGCAAAAAAAGUGAGCUGUCGAAUGGAAGGGGUGCGGGGAAAGGGCCGCAAGGAACUUGCAGGGCAAGGGCAGGUCUUGCGUCAGCGAUGGGGGAAGUCCGUUGAGCUGGGCUGCAGCAGGUAGCUUUACUUAAGCGUAAGCGCUGUAGCAGGGAAGGGAAAACCAGGACUCCCACUUUUUUAAAAGAGCCCCUGCAAAGGUCUGGAGCAGGGCACAAAUGGGAGGGACCCCAAAGGUCCUGUAGCCCCAACCCUCUGAAAUUCAGUAACCACAGAGAACCAUGCGCUGCUGUUGAGCCUCAGCCCCCAAAAGGCCAAAGAUGGAGGCUGCUUUGUG